AUGUCUGGUGAAAUCAUCUACUCCGAUGUUACAUUCACUCGGCAUCAGAACCAAGAUACUGGAGCAGAAAGUGAAGCUUCUAAUGGAGUAACCGAACGUGAAGAAGAUGUCACAUACUCUGAGGUUAGAAGACCAGGAGGUAGAGCUAGUGAGCAGGAGGAUCCUGGGAAAGGAAGGGACCCUGGCAAUAGUGACCCUACUCCCCUAGUGGGGUCAAAGGCUACAAUCCCUGAGGGAGGGUCUGGGAGAGUUCCCGUGGUGAUCCUGGUGUGUCUCUGUGUUCUACUGCUGGGCCUGGCUAUCACUCUGGGAGUCCUCUAUGCUUCCAACAUGACUAGUCUUCAAGCUGAGGAGGCCCUCUUUGCCCAGAUGAAAGAGAAUCUAACAGUCCAGAGAGAGCUGUUAUCCUCAGAGCUACAAGACUGUAAUGCCAACCUUACUAAGGUCAAAGAUCUCCUGGCAACCAUCCAAGGGAAUCAGAAGAGAUGUAAUACCAGUCAGCUGUGUUCUCCUGGCUGGGAGUUCUACAAUGGAUCAUGUUACUACUUCUCUAACAACAAACUGACCUGGGAACAGAGUCAGUACGCCUGCAUCCACGAUGGAGGACACCUGGUCAUCAUAGAGAGUCAGCAGGAGCAGGAGUUUAUAAAACAGAGAGUUGUAACACUGGGAAUUAAUCCUUAUGAUCACUGCCCCUGGAUUGGACUGACAGAUGAGAAGCAAGAGAAAGUGUGGGUCUGGAUGGACAAUACAACUCUUAAUGAGAACCUCAAGUAA